AUGUCAUUGCCGGUGACGAAAGCCACAUCAGCCACUGCCACGCAUGCUGUAGUACAGGCCGUGGAGACCUACAUUCAAAACCAAAAUUUGCUCGGCGAGAUUGCCGAGCUGGAUGAAAUGUUGUGCGACUUGGUGGACUUGCACAAGGAUAACGAGCUAGCCCUGAAACGUGUACUACAAUGCAUCCAUAGCCUAUUGCAAACGAACAGCAAGUGGAAUGUGCGCUUUGGCCCCAAGUUGUUCCACAAACUCGUCUCUGUGGUGAUCGCCGACAGUCAUGAAGACACACCAAGUCGUCGGCAGCUCGUAGCCAAUCUUCUUAUCUGCGUCCAGUUACACGGGAGGAAGUUCCCGCGGAUCCAGGGAAAGUUCGUGUUGCAGCAACUUUGGGCCCUCAGUUUAAGCAACGAUCGGCAACCGCAUGCGGCACAGAUUCUGGUACACCUAGUAGACGACUUUGUCCACAAUCUCGGAACGGAAUGUGGAGUACAGUUGUUGGGGAUAACACAAACUCUGUUGCAGUCAGAGGUGCGGGAGGAUCGGCGAUCGGCUUACUUUCUGAUGAGCAAAUUGAAGGAUGUAGAUGGGGUUCUGGCUGCCCUUCAGUGCAGCGAGCAGAAUUGGAAUGCCUACGUUGGCAUACUGGAAAAUCUAGAAGAGCAGCAGUCUCACCUUGUGCUUCCCACCCUGGGCACUUUGGUGCCCCGCCUUGGCUUAAUGGCCAGUAAUCAUAGUGACGAUUGGAUGUCGUGGCUUCGAAUCCUCUGUAUCCGCCUUCUAAAUGACAACAAUAGCCUUGUUUUGCGUUGGACUGUCAAGUAUUUGCUGGCCAAUUUGAGUCUCUCCCAACUGUCGCACUUUAAUUUAGUUACCGAGUUCGUGGCGGCUACUAAUCGAACUCAACUGUAUAAUUCUGAGAUACCCGAUCCCCUGACAGAGCAGCAAAUAAGAGACUUCAUGGCAGGGUACCCGGUUGAUAAAUUGCUGGAGGCCAUGGUAACAGUGCAGUGGCAUUGUGUGCCACUGAUUCACUGGCUCAUGGGCUGGCGAGAAAUACAGCUGCCUCUAGUACCCAAGGAGCUGCUUCUUGGCUUGUGUGCACGGAUACGUGCUUUGCAAAAUCCUGUACUUCGUGGAUCCGCCAUCAACGAAGUCAUAUUUUUGUUUGGCAACACGAUAAACGCCUUAUCCUUGUGCGACUACUUGAUGUUUAUGGAAUCUUUGUACAACACCGUUGACGACUAUGCAGACCACCAUCAACUGAUCGACAAAAUCAAUAAUUGCCGAAAUCUGGAGGAGCAUAUUGAAUACUUCAGCAAACGCUGCGCCGAGCUUAUAUCGCGAAAAGAUUACCAAUAUGAUGUGUUUGUUGCUUUUUUGGAAAAACUACGACUUGUGCCCACAGAAAAACACGGGUGGUGGCGACUAGUGCCAAUAUUUCUUCAUCGAGAAAUCGACAAACCGGAACAAUAUUUGGAUUUCUACCGAGACGUCUAUAAAGUAGACUCUUCGUUACUUAAGUCCGGAGUCAGUCUAGACCAGAUGCAGAGCCACCUGCUGGACCGCCUCGGUUGCCGGACACGAGAGGAAAAGUCGUUUGUGCGAGAGAACUGUGUUGAUCUUUUCGUGAAGGUCAAUAUUCAAACGUGGGAUAAGCUUCAUGAGUUACAUCUAAAUCCCACGGAACUGUUAGAUCAGGGAACUGAUGCCACAUUUAAAACCCUUGCAAAUAUUUUAGCUGAGCAUACGAAACCAUUGGAAGAUGUGACACUUAUCUCUACCAUGGUUUCACGGUUGGACCGUUUGAAAUGCCGAGAAACGCAAGCAAUCUUACAAUAUUCCGUGGCCAACCUGAAUGACGAUGAAUACGAAAAAUGUGUUGUGGGUGUCCUGGAGAAAAAUACGUUUUUGUUGGGAUGCCUCGAUUCGGAGAGUUAUAUAAAGGCGCCUAAAGCUUAUGUUCUUCAAAGGCUGUUGGAAGGAGAAACAACCACAGGCGAUGCAAGAAUAGAGCGAUCAUUUGAAAAUGAAUUUGGGCAAAGGAGCGAUGUUGAGGCUAUGGCUCGCGUUCAGUUUAUAGCAUAUAGCCAAAAGUGUAAAACAUUGGACGUCAAUUCCAUCUGUGUUGAUUUGCUAAACAUGAACAACGAGCUAUCCAGGAAAAAACCACGUUAUUUUGCCAACUCUAAGGAGCACAGGAGGAAAAUGCGGAUUGCCAAAGCGAUACUCGACCUAAGCAAUCAGUGGAUGCCUGGGCUGUGGGAGGCAGUUUUGUGUCCAAGCGACCAGCUGAACAUCAGCUUCAUCUACGAAUAUCUGGUGGCCAAGCUGCUGCCCGACAUUGCCCCUUUACUAGACCAACUGAAGAAUUUAAUCACUCUCAAACCCAGUCAGCAAGUGUCACUGAUCUCCGUAGUUCAUACUUACUGCUUGACUCGAUGGGACACUCUGCAACAGGAGCAAUUGACAAUCAUUUUUUCAACCCUUUUGCCUCUAACAAUGGGUGCUAAUUUCCAGACUCGCUUAUUUGCACAACUGGUUCUGCAUCGAUUAGCUACAAAGUGCAUUGGAAGCAGCCUUGACCAACCCAUAGCGGAAGUCCUGAAAAACUCAAUUGAGGCAACAUUGGGCGACAAACUGGCCGAGUUCCAAAAAGAUGCUCGGCUCUUGCUACCUGAACUAGUCGAACAGGGCAUUGAAAAUGUUUCGGAUGCUAUUCUUUGGAUGACAAACGCGCCUUUCGAUGAAAACAUCAGUUUUUUUAAUUGUCGCUAUGCCUUUAGAAAAAAGUUAAUGGAUGUUCGCGAGACCUUUCAAGCAAAAAGGGGAGAACAAACUCCUGAACACAACUCGCCAGCAUGUUCGCUCAACGGAAAUGUUCAAAGGAAAAUGAAUCCUAUUGGUGAUAUAUAUCCUGGAUGUGAUUUUGAGAAUACGUCUAAUACGCAGGAAGAUAGGGAAAUCAUUGUGGUGGCUUCCUUAAUCGACAAACUGCCCAACUUGGGAGGUUUGGCCCGAACAUGUGAUGUACUCGGUGUAAAAACUUUAAUCUUGGGAUUAAAAUCGCAGGCGGAAAAAAGUGAUUUUACUAACUUAAGCAUGACUGCUGAAAAAACUUUGAACAUUGUUGAGGUGAAGCCCGAAACACUGGCCGAAUUUUUGAUUGGAAAGCAACUAGAGGGAUACAAAAUUGUUGGUGCCGAACAAACUGCUCACAGUACAAAUUUCACGGAGUUUAAAUUUCCGAAAAAGUCCAUUCUUUUAUUAGGGCACGAAAAACAUGGAAUACCUGCGGAUCUUAUUGGUUUCCUGGACUAUGCCGUGGAAAUUCCGCAGUUUGGAACUGUUAGAUCUUUAAAUGUACACGUGACUGGAUCACUUUUUAUUUGGGAAUAUUGCAAGCAACAUUUAGCAAAGGAUAAUUAGGAUUAUAGAAGUCUUAUUGUACACACAUUUUUUACAUAUUUAGAAAUGUAUAUUUAAAUUAUAGUCAUUUAAAACUACUGAUUGGGCUUCCAUUUAUUACAAAUAAAAAAGCUUUGGCUAAAAGC